AACGUUUCGCUGUCGCGAGAGAAGCCGUCUACCAAAAUCACUAUUGCACGCUGGCAGAUAAACAGCCAUGGACAUCAUGUCUGCCUCGCAACAAUACUGCCUCCGAUGGAACAAUCAUCGCUCGAACCUGCUGAACAGCUUCGAGGAGUUGCUGCACAACGCGGCGUUCACCGACGUCACCCUCGCCGUCGAAGACGGCAGGACGGUCAAGUGUCACAAGAUCGUGCUGGCUGCGUGCUCGACGUAUUUCCAGACUUUAUUUCACCAACUGUCAAGCUAUAAUCACCAUCCGAUAAUCGUCCUUAAAGAUGUUGGAAUGCCGGAGAUAAAGGCGAUACUAGAGUACAUGUAUCGCGGCGAGGUGAACGUCGCGCAUGAACAGUUACCCGAUCUGCUGAAGAUCGCGCAAGUACUGAAGGUAAAAGGGCUGGUUGAGGAGCACGGUAGCAAUACGUCGAAUACGCCUCACGAUCUUCGCUCCGAGGGUACGUCGGUGUCGCCGCCACCCGAUAUCAGUACCAGCACCAGCACCGGUGGUGGCGGCGGCGCCAGCCACUCGUCGCCGCCGUCUUACUACUCCCUUUACGGGAACUCGGCCUCGGACGCCCGCGAUUCGAGUCACCUGGCAAGUUCAUUACCAACGUGGCCGUUGUUACAUUCCACGGGUCAUCCCGUGCUUCCAAAGUCGCUAUCCUCGAUUCUUGGCGGUGGCAGCGGCAACAGUGGCGGAUCCUACGAUAACGUUAUUGAAACCUCGCCGUUCAUCAAACGCCGGAAGUUGCCGCAGCCACCGUCAGGCCUGCUGAUAAAUAACGACACGCCGAUAUUGCGCACGGUACUUGGCCAGGCUCACGUUGACAGUUCGCAGGCAGUUCUGCCGCUGUUGCAACCAGACAGCCAUGAACCAGUCAGCUACCGCAACGCAAACAGCAAUGGAUCCACAAACGACAGCGAUAAUCGCCGCAGCAACGACCUGGCACACGGUGAAACGACGGUCCAUGCCGAUGCCUCCUACGCAGAUGAAGACGAGAGACAACCGUCUCCGCAGUCUUAUCCAGAUACCGCAAGGAAUUCAGCUGCCGCGGAUUGCGUUCAGCCGAAACCCGAAUGGAAACGCUAUAAGCAAUACACUCGUGAUGACAUCAGCGCGGCGAUCGAGGCAGUGAGAAAAGGUAUGAGCGCCGUUCAGGCUGCGCGAAAAUACGGCGUGCCGUCGCGUACCCUUUAUGAUAAAGUGAAAAAGCUGGGGAUCCCUACGUCCCGCCCAUUCAAGCGCUCAGCGAGUAACGGUGGAAGCGGCGCUUGUUUCCCUUACGGAAUCGGCGCCAACGUGAACGGCGCUCUUUAUGACAACAAUGCCAGCAGUGCCAAUGCCCUCUCCGAAAAUGAGAACGAAAGCAACGUCAACGCCCCCGAGGGUCUAGCCGGCACGAGUGCAGCGAUUUUCGACGCCACAUACGCAAAGGCGAAGGACUCAUCUCGAGACCGCGGUGACUCGAUACCAGACUCGAUGGCCCGUUGCAGUUCGAGUCCGGUGAUACGUUGCGCUAAGCAAAGACAGCAGCAGCAGCAGCAGCAGAACCUGGACGAAGUAGAGGACUUGUCGGUGAGUCGCAAAUCCGACGUUCCAGUGAUAGUACCGCCAUCCACUACAUCGACCACGAUUAAAGACGAGGCGCAGGAAACAGGAUUGGACAGUAACGACUGUUGCGAUUAUAGUUAACUUUUACAGUCCAGUGAUGGAAGAUAAUAAGGUACGAGUAGUUU